ACUUGGGCGAUUAUUUGCUGGAAAUCCACAGGUUGUGAUAUUUUUAAAAUGAGUGGAGGACAGGUCCUGUUACCAGGAAUAAGUAAUAUUAAGAGCGAAUGUGUUUUCGGUAAAAAUGGAGCAGCUGAUAAUGCAUUGAAACCUCACAAAGCAGAAGAAUGGGAAAUUGAAGCGGUGGGCCAAUUCCUGUUCGAGGAGUACCAUAAUUUGGUUUUUGGACCGCGCACCGACUGGUUGGUGCGAAAAAGUGUUCUACGUGCAAAUUUUACGAAUUAUCUGCAAUCCAAAAGAAAUGACUUGCGUCAGCGGUUAUUGGAGGCAAAUGGCACAAGCGAUGUCGGUACUUUGCUCUCACGCACGAAUUACCUAAUCAAUACGCAACGCGGCUCUGAGUCCUAUCGUAUUAGGAGCGCUUCUUUUUACCAGCAUAUCAACAAAAAAAUCGAAGAACUUGAUGAAAAACGAAAAAAUGGCGAAACUACUGAGUAUAUGGCAAAUGGUGACGAAGGCAAAUCAGCGCUGAAUGGUGAUCCUGCGCUGAUAGAAUCCCUACAAGUGGAAGACAAUGCGCCCACUCAUGAACUUCUUUACGAGGGUAGUUUGGAGCAGGAGCGGGAAUCCGUCUUUCAACUCACCAAUAUGGGUUGCUAUAUUUGUCAGAUGAAUUUUGGCUCACCUACUAGCUUUGAAGAGCAUGUGGAAGAACAUGGCGAUGAAUCAGAUUUUAAGUUGCUCAAGGACUAUUUUAAAAGUGUUCGGCCAGUGUUUGAACUCUCCUAUAAUGUUUGCAAAAACUCGCAUUAUUUUCGUUUUAAUUUGGUCUCGAUAAGACGGAAUAUUGUCAUUGAGAAGUUGGUGAUUGUGCAAACGCGUACCUUCUAUUAUGUACACAAUACACGUGUGCCAUAUGCGUUGGGUGCAGAUCGCAAAGAUCAUUUUUUCGUCGAUUGUCAUCUCUUUCGCAAAGGUGUUGUGCAGCCGAUUGUUGUGGUAUUCCAUGAUAAGUUCAACAAGCAGAAGCGUUAUGUGGAGCAGCAUCAUUUUUGUCGCGUCGAAGAGUUCCCUGUGGUCAAGUUAAGCAUCAAUCCAUGCCGUUUACCAAAUAAAAUUAAAUUUAAACCAAUGUUUAAACUUCCCCAGUAUAUGCCGCCAGUUGAAAUUCGUCGCGCUCUUCAAACGGAUUUCAUUAAAGAACCACUUUCACAACUAUCCAAUGAUUUUAGACAAUAUUUAGAUAAUAAAAAAACCUUGACCCAACAAAAUGUACGCGAUGUAUUGUUGAAGCUUUUACAAAUCGAAGAUUGGGAUACAAUGCGGGAAUACUCGAGCUUGGUGCAACGUAAUGUUAAGUUGCGCAAAUACGAAAACGAUUAUAUUGUUAAGCCAAAGACACCGAAGCAUAUCCGCUUCGAGAAUAUAGUUUUUCCCUAUGACGAUGUAAUUGUGCUGCCCACCGAUGAGGGCAAUACUAUACCAAACACAUUGGACGGCUUAAUGAACAGAAUGGAACAAUUGGCUGAGGAACCUGGUAGUCAAAAUCAGUCGGAAAAGAAAAAAACAAAAAGCUACCUCGGCCAAAUUGAAUGCAUUUCAUACGGGCGAGUAACGUUCAAAUGCGACAAAAAAAUACCAGAUGACAAAACAUAUACAAUACUCUUUCGACCAUCGCGUAUGGUGCUGCGCUAUCAAUAUCGCGCCUUAGAACAGUUGGUAGCUAUGCCGGCGGACAUACUAAAAAAAUUUCUCUUCCCCGAGGAAGUUAGGAUUCGGGAAUUGCCAGCAUUAUGGUUGAAUCUGCGUAACAAAAGUAUCUACAAGAAUCCAGAACAAUUGCAGGCCAUACAGUGUGUGGUGAAUAAUAGUGUAGAGAAAAUGGCGCCUUACAUUAUAUUCGGACCUCCAGGUACCGGCAAGACAACAACGUUGGUUGAAGCCAUUUUGCAAAUCUACAUACUCCAGCCACAGUCACGCAUACUUAUUACAGCGGGCUCAAAUGGCGCAUGCGAUGAAAUUGCGUUACGUCUCUGCAAUGUGCUGGCGCCAAUGAAUGAAACACAAACGAUAACACGCAUCUAUUCGCGCGCAUAUGAGCAACGUUCGGAAAACAUCAACGAAUUGCUGUUGGAAUACUCCAAUUUGUAUGCGGAUCAUUUUUUGCCUGAUGUGAAAGUGUUGCACGCAUAUCGUAUUGUUGUAUGUACGCUAAGCAUUGUGGGACGCUUGGCCACGGGCAAAUUUGGCAAAGAAAUCGAUGGUAGUGGUGUGUUUACGCAUGUUUUCGUUGAUGAGGUGGCCGCUUCUACAGAAACCGAAACUUUGGUGGGCAUUAUGGCAACACUUAGUGCGCCAGCAAGUUUGGUAAUCUCUGGCGAUCAUCGUCAAUUAGGUCCAUUAUUGAAUUCCAAACGUGCUGCAGAUCUGGGUUUGGAGGUGUCAUUGAUGGAGCGCCUACUCGAACGUGAUUGCUAUCGCGUCGAUUUGGAUGGCAACUAUAAUCGACAAAUACAAACACGUUUAUGUCGCAAUUUCCGUUCACAUCCGGAAAUAGUUAAUUUGUAUAGUGAAAUGUACUAUGAAGGACGAUUGAAGGCGGAGGCCGAGCCAGCCGUUCAGCAGCUAUGCCGCGACUGGCAUCGAUCUCCCAACGCUGAAUAUCCGAUUAUUUUUCAUUCUAUUUUUGGUCCCGAACAACGUGAAAAUAAUUCCACAAGUCUAUAUAAUCUGCUCGAGAUUACCACCGUGAUGGACUAUGUGCGCGAUCUACUGUAUUUCGGCAUUAAGGGCCACAAGAUCACACAGAGUGACAUUGGUAUUAUAACACCAUAUAAGAAACAGUAUAUGCGCAUUCAGGACGAAUUAAAUCUACGCAAUUGGUAUCAAGUCGAAACGGGCGCAGUUGAAUCCUUUCAAGGCAAAGAGAAAAAUGUUAUAAUUGUAUCUUUCGUACGUUCGUUCUCCAAGACACUGGGUUUCCUGGAUAGUCCAAGACGUUUAAAUGUAACGCUCUCUCGUGCUCGUUCAAUUCUCAUACUAAUCGGAAAUCCGAGAACUUUGAGUCAAAAUGAAGACUUCAAGCAUAUUAUUGAGCAGUGUCAACUGCAUAACACCUUGGUUGGUGCCGCCUACCAUGAAGAUGGCCCUUCAGUACAGAAGGACAAAUCCAACAACGGGCAAAUGCAGCAGCUAGCAAAAUCCAUGGAAAAGUUGAAUGUUAACAAGAAGAAUAUUGCUGAUGAUGACAGCAAAAAUGGUGCCAAAUCUAAGGCAAGAAAUAAAAAGAAAAGGCAGAAGAAGGCCAAGAAGAAUGCUAUCGGUGACGCACAAGCGAAUGAGAGGGCAUCCGAUGCUGCCAAUGAAGCGCUGAAGAGUAAGAAUAGCAGUGCAUUCAAAACUGCAAAGCCUGCAUCCGCUGAAAAACAACGCCAAACAUUUACUCUUUACAAAGACCUUUAUUUAUCUAACGAGCGUUGUGUGCGUGAAUCCGCCACCACUGGCACUAUAAGCAACAAUAGCAAUGCCCAAAAUAAUAAAUCAGAAAUUGAAGACCUCUUCGCAGGACUACCACGUGUACCGCAACAACACGAUUUUGAAAUAAUCAACUUGCCCCCUCAGCCUAACACUGUUGAUGAGGACUUAGAUCAAAUUAUAAAACGGUUGAAUUUACUGAAAAGAAAAUCGAAGCCGUCCAAGCAAACAUUUGUGCCAGCAACAGCAGACAUGACCGCAAAAGGCGCAAAUGUAAUGAACCCAGCAAGGAGCCAGACGCCUACAGCGGCAGCAGCAGGAUAUACUAACAGUAACGUAGAGCGGCGUUAUACUUUAUCGAAUUUGCAUAGCAUCAAUGAAAGGGCUACAAAUGUUACGGCCACUCAGAGGCCAGAAAAUUAUAGUGUCACGCCUACGAUUAGAGCUGAUGGAAUUCCUACUAUGAAUUCAUCCGGUGCUCAGACACUACACAUCGACGCCAGAGUAUCUACUGUCGCUUCGCCUACGCCUACUGCAAAUGCUGGUGUUACGCCGGCUCGGUGUCAGCCUGUAUACGCAAGCGGUCCCAUAACAUUCAGGGAGGAUCUUAGGCGUUCCGGUACUACAAGUAAUACUGCCACUGCUAGUGAACGUACACCUGCUUCUGCCUCUUCGACUCCGUUAAGGUCACAAGCCAACGCCAGAGUAUUUGUUGGACAUGCAGAAUAUCCAACGUCUCCGAGAUACGUACAAACUCGCACAGAGCCACCAAAGUCUUCGAAGAAGAGCUGCGUAAUUGCUUAGCAAAUCGAACUUCCAAAUAGCAUUUAUUUUUCAUUUCAUUGUUAUUAUUAUUUCAAUUAUGCAAAGUUUUUAGGCAAAUGCGAUUGUUGCAUUUUGCUUUGAACUUUGCUCGUAGUUUUGUAGUUUCGAUGACUCGUAAACGGCGAAAGGGGAAAAAUGUUUUAGGGAAUAGCGAGAAUAGCCAGAAUUGAGCUUCAUGUUCAUGUAUGUGGACGUGUUAUCUUUCUUGCUAAUCGUAUGUAAGUUGUUCCCGAAUUU